AUGAAUAAUCCAUUAGACGAAAUCUCAAAUGUUUUAUAUAACAUCUUUACUAAUCCUGAUAAAUCCGCCUUAGAAAAGGAGGUCAAAAGAACUUUUACUCACAAUUCUGAAUUUAAACAUUUUUUAGCAACUGUUCCUGCUGGAAUUGGAUCCAGAGAAAAAAUCAUUUCCCAUUAUAAAUUUUUCCGAGGAUUUUACCGGAGUAAUACUCUAGAUAUCCAUGAAAAGUGGUUUAAUGAACCAUCUGGCAGGAUGGUCCUUGAUGUGACUGAAUAUAUCCAAUUUAUUUAUUCUCCAUGGAGACAGACUCCUUUAAGGCUUUACAUCAUUUUUAACCUUCAAAAAAACGAAGGAGGAAAAUACUUUAUUAAUAGGCAUGAAGAUUUAUGUCAACCUGAAGAUUUACUUGGAGUGUAUAUUCCUUACGUUGCACCUACGUUAUUAGUAAUGACUAAAAGGGCAAUUUCAUUCAUUACGAUGCUUGUUGGCUCAACUUUUAAUUCAAUUGGGUGGUGCUGA